AGGCGCGCGCGCUCUCUCCGGAGGAUUUUGGACUAAAUGAAAUGAUUAGGAGACAAUAAGUGCCCGCCGAAGAUUUUACUUCGUUUCGGUUCCACAUCGGCGCGCAGGCGUUUUGCCGGAGAAAAGCCAUGGGAACUCGAUACAGUAGAGGAAAUUAGAAGGGUGAAUCUUGGGGAUUUGCGACAGAAAUGCCGAACUGACUGAAACCUCGGACUUGUCUCUUGUCAUUUCUUUUUUUAGUAGGGAGCUACACUGUUUUUUUCUCUCUCACGUUAUCUUUUUUUCGCACGCCAGCAGCUGAACGGCAUUGUCUGGACAGCACAUGCCAACCGUCCGCUCCGCUUCCACGCAUCUGCAACCCGGCCACUGGAGAUGAGCACCGACUCCCGAGUCUGAGCGGUGUGGAGCGGCGAGAACGGGCAAUUCCAUCGGUCGUUUCUCCUCGUCCGCAACGUGAGCGAGGGACGAGCAGCCUAACAACAAGAAAAGUAAUCGCCGGCGCCCCGUUGGAAACAUGGAUCAGGACGAGGAAAUCAUGGAGGUGUCGAAAAAAUCCGUCAUCGCGAAGAUUUUCAAAGUUCGCAAGCGGCGGGAGAUGCUUUUUGUGCAAGUGUGUUUUAUCUGCAGUGUCCUCUUCAUGGCUUGGUGCAUGUCAGCACUCCUGACGAAGGCAGGUCAUGGGAUGCUGGUGGACGGCGGCCAUGAGGUGCAUCACCACGACGACGACGGCUACUGGGGGAGGAGACUCAUGGCCUCUGCUCCCGACGGCAACGAGACGGAGGAGAAGAACUGCACGGAGCCGGCCAUACGUGAGUUUCCUUCGGACAUGUUUACCAAUGACGAGCGAAAGGGCGGUGCAGUCUUACUUCAUAUAGCGGCGGCACUCUACAUGUUUCUGGCUCUUGCCAUUGUGUGUGACGACUACUUCGUCAUGUCCUUGGAGAAGAUCUGUGAGAAAUUGGACCUGAGUGAAGAUGUGGCAGGAGCCACCUUUAUGGCCGCGGGGAGCUCUGCUCCUGAGCUCUUUGCCUCUGUUAUAGGUGUGUUUAUCACCCAUGGUGAUGUGGGUGUGGGCACCAUCGUGGGCUCUGCCGUCUUCAACAUCCUAUGCAUCAUCGGAGUGUGUGGGAUCUUCGCCGGCCAGGUGGUGAUGUUGACCAAGUAUGCGGUGUUCCGGGACUCCAUCUGCUACACCUUCUCAGUGGUGGCCCUCAUCGUGUUCAUCUAUGAUGAGAAGAUUGUAUGGUGGGAGGCUCUGAUCCUGGUAGUAAUGUACUGCUUCUACAUUCUCAUCAUGAAAUUUAACAGCUCUAUACAGAGGCUGUUCACCGGCAAAGGGAGCAAGAAUGUUGCCAACGGAAACGCCGCCAGUGGCAGCGAGAUGGAGGAUGGUAAUGGUUGCUAUGACAAUGUUUGGGAUGACCCCACCCUGCCAUUGCUGGGCACAGUGAAGCCCACUAAGGCCUACAGCCGUGGCUCGGUGGUGAUGGUGGAUGAGAUCAUCAAUGCGAGCCCUCCCAAGUACCGCUUCCCCGAGGCCGGCUUGCGUGUCAUGGUCACCAACCACUUUGGCCCCAAGACCCGUCUUCGCAUGGCCAGCCGACUCAUCAUUACGGAGCGUCAGAAGCUGGUGCAGGCCGCCAACGGGGUGGAAACGGCCGUGGUGGACGGCAAAACUGACAUUGAGAACGGCAACGUGCCCGAAGACAAGCCCAGCGAAGAGGAGGAGAGCGAGCUGACCUCGCCGUUCAGUAUACCACGAGGCUGUAUGAACAAGAUCAAGUGGCUGAUCUCGUGGCCGCUGCUCCUGCUGCUCUUCUUCACCAUCCCCAACAGUGCCAAGCCGCGCUGGGAGAAGUUCUUCAUGCUCUCCUUCAUCCUCUCCACCGUCUGGAUCGCCGUCUUCUCCUACUUCAUGGUGUGGAUGGUAACGAUCAUCGGAUUCACACUUGGCAUUCCCGAUGUAAUCAUGGGAAUCACUUUCCUGGCUGCCGGCACCAGUGUGCCAGACUGCAUUGCCAGUCUCAUCGUGGCACGGCAAGGUCUCGGGGACAUGGCCGUGUCCAACACCAUUGGCAGUAAUGUGUUUGACAUCUUAGUGGGCCUGGGUGUUCCAUGGGCUCUUCAGACCAUGGCAGUGGACUACGGCUCAGAGGUUCAGAUUAACAGUCGAGGGCUUGUCUACUCCGUGGUGCUGCUGCUUGGCUCUGUGGCAUUAACAGUUCUGGCGAUCCACGUGAACAACUGGAAGCUGGACCUGAAGCUGGGCAUCUAUGUGCUGCUGCUCUACGCGGUGUUCCUCUGCUUCUCCAUCAUGAUCGAGUACAACGUCUUCACCUUCGUCAACCUGCCCAUGUGUCAGGGGGACUUCUAGACGGCCAGGCACUCGACCGACCCGUCUUUGUCGGCCUCUCGGCCUCUGUCCCCAAACCCCACCUCGGAUGUCCUCCGAUGCCCCACGACCAAAACCACCCGGCCAACCACCAUUGGCUGUGAAGCGUCUUGGUGUCCCCAUACACUCAUUGAAUCCGAGACUCCUACGGGACCCAUGUUUACCUUUCCUGUUCUCUCAGUCUGUUGUUCACACGGUCACUUUCUUUUUCUAGAAUACUUUCCUCCAUCCUCUCCCCUUCAUUGUCCUCUGUUGGUAUUUUUCUUCCGUGUAGAUUGGGGGAAAAUGUAUAUAUUUGUGUGAACUUGUCUGAUUUUCUGUCAUGGUCUUUUUAUUUUUCUGUUUCCUGUUUUGUCUUCAUCCUUAGUGUCCUCAGUGCCACCCUCUCCUCUCCUUUCCUUUCCUCUCCUCUCCUCUCCUCUCCUCUCUGGCAUGUCCUCCCUUUGUUCUCCUCUUCUCUCCUUUUCUCCUGAAGAACCAGUUCCAUCCCAUGGAGGAGGAACUUCUCCUUGGCAGCUCUCCACCUCCUCGGGGUCUCCUCUUCCUCCUUUUUUCCUCCUCCUCUUCCUCCUCCUCCUUCUCCUCCUCCUCUUCUUGUGACCUUAGGUCAACCACAAGUGGAUCAUCUUUCCUGCCAAAACCAAAAAAAAAAGAUAAAACUGCAUGCGUGCUCCUUUUCUUCUCUCUUGUCAA